UAGAUCGCGCUUUCCUCACACGGGCCGGCACUGCUCGCUCUCAACGCUCUCUGCGAUCAUCAUGUCGGACACCUCAUCCUCUCGCUCGUCGGGGAGCUCGACGCCCCCACCAAGGCCCGCAACGCCUGUCUCUGUCAAACGCCUCAGGUCGCUGCUAUGCCGAACACUCCGUGUGACCAUCGACGACGGCCGUAUAUUCGUCGGCACCUUCGUGGGGACAGACAAACAGCUCAACAUUCUCCUCGUCAGCACAGAGGAAUUCCGUAUCGGUGCAGACGCGGUCGAUGGAAACCCCAACGGGCGAUUCGUUGGACAGGUCAUGAUACCCUGGAGGCUCGUCCGCAAGGUCGAGGCGUCGGGGAGAGACGGCGCGCAGCGGCCUGCAGAGGAUGUCGUCGCCGGGAGCCCUCCGGAGAGUGACGAUAUUCUGUACGCAUGAGGAACAGGCAGUCUUUCAGGGUCGGAUCCUGACGCCGAUACGAAGGAUGCGCACAGCGGAUCGCUCGAGGUGCUGAAAAGGACGCUCAUCCUGGCGCGCAUAUCGUCAUUACACCCGCCCACCGCCCGCCCGUCCCCGUUUGGAACGGGGUACCUUGCCGUAACCGUCCUCUACUGCCGCCCCGUGGAGUGUGUCCGCUCUGGACUCGUCGCAGGGGCUAGUGCACGCUGGGACGGAUCACGCUAUGCGAGCAACUGGGUAUGUAGGCUCCUGCGCGAGUCCAAUCGGAUCCUGUACUUUCGUGUAU